AUGGGCAAAUAUGAAGAAGCCAAACCAGUAAUGGAACAAAGUAUAAAGAUAUAUGAGAUGUGUAAUUUUGGUGAGUUGCCACCUGACCUUGCCGGGUGUCUCAAUAAUUUGGCACUGUGCUAUAGAAAUCUUGGCCAACUAGACGAAGCAGAUUUACUGUAUAAAAAGUCAUAUGACAUGACAGUGAAUGCGGUAGGUGAGAAGCAUACUGACGUAGCUGAGAAACUCAUAAACUGGGGAGUAUUUGACGUAUCCAGAGGUAGCUUUGAUGAGGCAUUACAAAAAUAUAAUCAAGCACUAGAAAUAUACAAGGAUACAUUUGGUGAAGAACACGUUCAAUGUCUGAAAGCAUUAGAGAAUAUUGCUGGUGCUUACGUUCAUCAAGAAAAAUAUGAAGAAGCUCAUCCAUACUUCAAGAAAGCCAGUGAGACCCUUCAUAAGCAAGGUCGGCUUGAUGUUUCUCAUCCUCACCUCAACAAUUUGAUGUUGGAGUAUUAUCUACGAAACAAUGAGGACGAGGCAUAUAAUUUGCUGGAACGAAUCAUACACGCAAAGUGGGCCACUGACCGAAUGUUUGCAGGUUUGGAGUACUUUGAUAAGAAGCUCCCAGAAAAUGAACGGCCAAUGAGGCCGUAUGAGUCAACAGUGGAAUAUGCACUCACAAAAUUUCCCAGCAGUAUGACUUUACUCAAGACUAGAGUUCCCGGUGCCAGCAGAUGUGGUGACUACCAAUCAAUAAUAGACAUACUGGACAAGGGCGACUUCCCACACGAUAUCUUCUCCGGCAUCUACCAAGCAUUUGUACAAAAUGACUACAGAAGGGAAGGACUGAAAAUCUUAUAUGUGGGUCAUACAAAGUACCCUGAAGAUGUUCUCACACUGCACAACAUCGGCAACUGCCAUGCAUUUUAUAAAGAAUAUGACAGAGCAGUUGCGGCAUUCUGCAAGAUUCUUGACAUUGAGCCGAAUAAUACCGACACCCUGAUUUCACUGGGCAGUGUCUAUGCAAUUCAGGGAGAAGUCGAUAUGGCAAAGUCGGUUCUGGAAAAAGCUCUGGAAAUUGCAAAGGAAAAUGAUCUUCCUGAUGUAACUGAAAAGGCAAAUGAAGCACUUGGACUGCUUGAUUCGUAUUUGCAAGCAAUCGACCCAGACGCAGAACUAGAGAAAGAAGCUGAUGCACAGCAGGAAGAUGAAAUGAAGAGCGAUGGAGAGAAGCAAGAUGAUCCCCAUCAAAAAGAUGCUGCUGAGAAUGCAGAGGAGAAUGUUGAACAACCACAAGAAGAGGAGAAACCACAAGAUGUUGAUGGCGAUGUGAAUCAAGAUGGAGAACAAUCGACAGCGGAAGAGAAUCAAGAUGCACAAAAUAAUGAUCCUGAGCCGGAUUUGAAAGAGGAGUCUAAAGAAGAUGAUGAAAAAACUGGUGUUGAAGGCACAGAGCAAGUAGAUGGUGAUAGUGAAAAAAAAGAUGAAGAAGCACCAAAAGAGGAGACGACAGCUUCAGAUGGGAUACAAGAUGACAAAUCACAAGUUGAAGCUGACGAUGAAAAGAAAGCAUCCAGCGAUAUUGUAAAUACAGAGGAAGCUAAAGACAGUAGUGACGAGCUACCACAAGAGGAGGAUGGAGAAAAAGUGUUGACAGAUGAGGUUGAUCAAGAGAAAACAAAGGAAGAGUAAAAAGAUAUGUUCUGAACAAUGUAAAAUUUCUAUGAGCUCAUGAAUAUUUUCACAAUGUUUUAUAAUAUUUUUAUUGUACAUUUUAUUAAAAAAAAUGAAGUACAUAUAUACAUCACAUU